CAGGUGUGAGCCUGUAAUUUUUCUCUUCCCAGAAUGGAUUCUGAGUGGGUCUGCUGGAGGCUGGCUCUGCUAGUGAAUCUGAUCUGGAUGGGUUCCUCCACCACAGAAGGCAGAGACUCUCCAGAAGAUUUUGUGAUUCAGGCAAAGGCUGACUGCUACUUCACCAAUGGCACAGAGAAAGUGCAGUUCGUGGUCAGAUUUAUCUUCAACCUGGAGGAGUUUGUCCACUUUGACAGCGACAUCGGGAUGUUUGUGGCCCUGACAGAGCUAGGGGAGCCCGAUGCCCAGCAGUGGAACAACCGGCCUGACAUCCUGGAGCAGAGCCGAGCUUCUGUGGACCUGGUGUGCAGACAGAACUACAAGCUGGGGGCCCCCUUCACUGUGGGGCGGAAAGUGCCACCAGAGGUGACAAUGUACCCAGAGAGGACUCCGCUCCUGCAGCAACCAAAUCUGCUGCUCUGCUUGGUGACAGAUUUCUACCCAGGGGACAUAAAGAUCAGGUGGUUCCGGAAUGGACAGGAGGAGAGAGCUGGGGUUGUGUCCACUGGCCUUAGCAGGAAUGGAGACUGGACCUUUCAGGCUCUGGAGAUGCUGGAGAUGACUCCUAAACUUGGUGAUAUCUAUGCCUGCCUUGUGGAGCACCCCAGCCUGCUGAGCCCCAUUUCUGUGGAGUGGAGAGCUCAGUCCGGAUAUUCUUGGAGGAAGAUGCUAGGUGGAAUUGUGGCCUUUCUACUUGGUGCAAUCUUCUUCCUGGCAGGACUCAUCAUUCAUCUCAGGGCUUGGAGAGGAUCUGCAGACACUCAGACUGGUCAUGAGGUAAUGUCUCCUACCCCCUGUCUUUGGCUGCUAGUUUCUUUCCCAAUCCUUUGUUCAGAAGGAGUAAAGCAGGCAGAGGGUGCCGCUGGCUAGGCGGUAUUGUUUCUUGAGGCUCUGAACUGGGAUAAGGGUGUCUCCUGGUGAGACUCCUCAUUAUUUGUCUCUGCAGGUCUCCAGAGCUCUUCCCCAUCACAGGCCUCCUGAGGCCUAAUGGAAGCUUACUCCCCGGAGCCUGACAGUGCCCGCAGGCCAGAGCCCUAGGCUAGGUAAAGAAUACUGGACAGGUCACUAUUCUGGAAGAGACUCCUCCUCAAUCCUUGGAGCUGUGAAUGGAUUCUAAGAUUGUGUGUCCCAAGAUGAUGCAGCCCCUACCCUCCUACCCGGGAACUUUCUAAGACCCCCAUUUCCAAGAUGCUGGCUAGAAAUUUCCCUGAGACCCAACUCCUCCCAGCCCCCACUCUCUGUACCUCAAGAUCUCCAAAACGCGAAUUGUAGCUUCCAGACUUCAGGAGACAAAUGAGACAGCGACUACUUCAUGUUUUAUGUCUUUUCUUAAAAUAAAUAAUUAAACACA